AUGCCGUUUAUGGUCGCUUACCUAUUCUUCGACUGCUUUGUUGGUGUUUGCAGUGGAAUAAUUCGUGGCGUUGGAAUGCAGAAGUUCGGAGCCAUUGUGUGUUGUGUUAGUCUUUAUUUGAUCGGGGGUCCUCUUGCUCUUUGUCUCCUCCUCUUAACCGACCUCGUUGUAAAUGGCUUUUGGCUUGGUAUGGCGAUUGGAGUUUUCCUUGAAAUGUUUGUCUAUACGAUCCAGUGCUGUCGAAUUGACUGGAAGAAAAUGUGCAUAGAUGCCCAUAAACGCACUGCCAUCAAAUUUGUCGGACACCGUAAAGAUAACAAAGCAGGUCUAAGAGAAGAUAAUGAGCUUGAAAUAAGUCUCGCCGAGCCGGAGGAAGUGCACAGCGACUUACUUGGAACUGGUCAGGAUGAGAAGAAGUCCUGUACCCCAAAGACCUUUAUCACACCCAUCACAAUGAUCUUAAUUGUGGUCAGCCUCCUUUUGGUGGCCCUCUGCUGUCGAUUUCUAUUUGAUUGGCCGAUGAUUUUUCCCAAUUAUUGCCUUUUGAAGAAUGAAACCCUCAUUCCAUUAAUUGAUCGAAGUGAUGCAAACAAUUACGGGUGCACUGUUCUUAUUCCUUAA